UGAUACUUAUGGUUGUUAUUGCAGGUCUCAUCAUCGUCGAUGGAAGUGGGAGUGGUGCCAGAUGGUGGAUCCGUGGCUGAUGUUUCAUAUCCUUACGGUGGUUCUGCAACAAGUGGAGCUGAUCCGGGGAGUCAGAGGGCUGUACCGUUGACGUCGGCUGAGAGAGAGGCGAGGGUGAUGAGGUACAGAGAGAAGAGAAAGAACAGGAAGUUUGAGAAGACCAUAAGGUAUGAUUCACGUAAAGCGUACGCUGAGAUGAGACCGAGGAUCAAGGGGAGGUUUGCGAAGCGGACGGAUACGAGUGAGAGCAACGAUGCGGUUGCCCAUGGAGGUAUCUUUAGUGGGUUUGGACUUGUACCUACAUUUUAGAUAUUGAGAGAGA